AUGUCGUCUAUCACCCCUGCCCAUACUGUCGUGCUUAUAACUGGUGCCAAUCAAGGACUGGGUUUUGAAUGCGUCAAAAAAUUGGCCGCCGAGCAACCCAAAUACCAUAUCCUUUUGUGCUCCAGAAAUCUAGAGAGUGGAAAGGAGGCUGCGAGCAAAAUCACCCACUUCGCCGAGAAUACAACCGUUGAGCCAUUGGAAUUGGAUGUCAAUAGCGAUGACUCAAUCGCGAAAGCCGCCAAAUACGUGGAAGCAAAAUACGGUCGUGUCGACGUCCUUUUCAACAAUGCUGGGAUCGGCUCAACCCCUGGGGCAACCACUUUCCGUGAGAAUAUGAAAGGAGUGAUCGAAACAAAUGCCAUCGGUGCUGCGUGUGUUACAGAAGUUUUCCUUUCCUUGUUGAAGAAGGCAGCAUUUCCUCGACUUCUUUUCAUGUCAUCCGGUUUAGGGUCUAUUACUUUUACUUUGGAUCCUUCUUUUCAAUUCUAUGGCAUUUCGAACAAGCCAUACCUGACUUCUAAGGCGGCAAUGAACAUGAUUGGCGCACAAUACGCAGUUCAACUCGGAAAAGAAGGGGUCAAGGUCAACGUGGUCUGUCCAGGCUGGAGAGCCACCAACUUGAAUGGCUUCAAUAAGAACGCUGGUAAGGCUGUUGACGGUGCUACCGAAGCUUGCAGAUUGAUCAUCGACACGGAGAAGAAUGGUCAGCACGGCACUUUCACAUCGACAGAAGGACAGUAUCCAUGGUAA